GUACCUUGUUCUUCCUGGCUGCAGAACGCUGUGAUGACUGGGGUGUGGACACGAUGAAGCAGAUCCAGAUUUAUGAGGGGGAACCUGCCAAGAUCAAAUGCCCACUUUUUGAGACCUUCUUGAAGUACAAUUACAGCACAGCCCAUUCUGCUGGCUUAACCUUGAUCUGGUACAGGAUCGGGCAGGACCAGGAUCUGGAGGAGCCCAUUAAUUUUCGUCUCCCGGACAAUCACAUCAGUAAGGAGAAAGACACCCUUUGGUUCUGGCCUGCUUUUCUCAAUGACACUGGGAAUUAUACGUGCAUGCUCAGAAAUACAACCUACUGCAGCAAAGUUGCAUUUCCCUUGGAGGUUGUUCCAAAAGACCAACACUCUUGUGUGAGCCAUUCAAUAAAACCCACUGAGGAGAUGUUCUACUUGGAGCACGCCAAUGAGAAGAUCAUAUGUCCAGAUAUUGAUGGGUUUUACCCUGCUAGUGUAACACCAACUGUCAAGUGGUACUUGAACUGCAUCUUGGUGAAUGGCUUCCAUGAGCGAUACCCGCAAGGGCCCACGCUUGUCAUCGGCAUUGUCCGCAGUGCAUAUAAAGGGAAUUACACUUGUGUUGUGACAUUUGAGGACCAUGGAAGAACCUACAACCUUACCAGAGCCAUCAAAAUGAAGGUGGUGGGAUCUCCAAACAAGGCCUUGCCACCACAAUUCAUCUCUCCAAAUGAGAAAGUUGUCUACGAACUGGAAGCAGGAGAUGACCUUGUUCUGUCCUGUGAGGUCUUCUUCACCUUCCUGAAGGACUCCCGCACUGAGGUGUGGUGGACUAUAGAUGGGAAAAACACAGGUGACAUCAUGGACCCCAAGAUAAAAGUCACAGAAAGUGAAAUUACUAGCGAUUUUGAAGACAAAACUGUCAUAAGGACUCUAACAGUUACAAAAGCCACGCCAGAGGACUUGAAACGAAAUUAUACUUGCUAUGCCAGAAAUGCCAAAGGCGAGGGCCACAGCCAGGCCAUAGUGCACAUGAAAGUUGUAGCACCGAAGUACACCGUGGAGCUCGCCUGUGGGCUGGGGGCAACCAUCCUGCUCAUUGUGUUGCUGAUAGUCGUCUAUCACGUUUAUUGGCUUGAAAUGGUCCUCUUCUAUCGAGCUCACUUUGGAACAGAUGAAACCAUUCUAGACGGGAAGGAGUACGAUGUGUACGUGUCUUAUGCACGCAACGCAGAGGAGGAGGAAUUUGUGCUGCUGACGCUGCGGGGAGUCUUGGAGAAUGAGUUUGGGUACAAGCUGUGUAUCUUCGACAGAGACAGCCUCCCUGGGGGAAAUACCACGGAAGCCGUGUUUGACUUCAUCCAGAGGAGCCGCAGGAUGAUCGUGGUCCUGAGUCCUGAUUACUUGACGGAGAAGAGCAUCAGCCUCUUGGAGUUCAAGCUGGGGAUCAUGUGCCAGAACGCCAUCGCCACCAAGCUCAUCGUGGUGGAGUACAGGCCGCUGCAGUGCACACACCCCAGCAUCCUCCAGCUGAAGGAGUCUGUCUCCUUCGUCACCUGGAAGGGCGAGAAGUCCAAGCGCUCUGGCUCCCAGUUCUGGAAGGCGUUGCGGCUGGCUCUGCCGCUGCGCAGCCUGAGCGCCGGCGCCGGCUGGAACGAGAGUUGCUCCUCCCAGUCGGACAUCAGCCUGGACCCUGUCCAGAGGAGAAGGAGCCGGUUGAAAGGGCAGCCCGACCCACAGGGCACCGCGGCAGGGACUCUCAGUCCUGGAGGGACAGCCCUGGCCCCCAAGUCCAAGGCCAAGCACCAUGCCAAGCAUUUCUUGACGUGCCGGUGUUGUGGGACCUAUUGCAAUGGCGGCAACAGACUUAAGCGCAAGCACCGCGCUGUGGCUGAGCCCAAGUGGGACCCUCACCUCUGCAAGCUGGGCUCGGGCAGGCCUGUAGCACAGGGGGUUCAGGGCAGAAGUCGACCCGAGCCCCCGCCAACCCAAGCUCCUGCUCUCGCCCUCUGCCAUUACAGUGACCUGUCAAACAACAACGACUUCUACGUGCUCUAG